UCCCGCCGCAACUCGCGCGCCUACAGUAUCCUCUCUGACGACCCACACCCCACACCCCGCCCUUCCCCAGCACCACCACUCACUCGCCGCAGCGGCACCCGCGGCGUACGCGCGACAUCAAUAACCUCCGACGCCGCACCGCCCACCGAAGCGCCACAAGCAACGCGCAUAGCACCGCACUACUUCCUCUCACCUACGGUCCCGGGCCCGUUCACCGGCACCCUCGAAGCAAGUCUCGACGCAAUUCUGCAAUGGGGCAAACUCCACCCCUCGACCACCGCCAUCGUGACAACUCUACUUGAACCAGUCUCCAAAUCAACAAACUGGCCGUUGAUUCUAUCCACAUUCAGCACUCCCAGCACACUCUCUCCAAAGCUAUCCCGCUUCCUGCUCGAGGAGUUUUUAUUCUUGGUGACGCGGACAUUAUUGCCGGAGCAAAUCGCCGAAAACAGACUCGCAAUGGGGAGAUUGUAUGAUCGGAAGAAACAGCUUGCGAUUCGGUUGGUGUUGAGGUAUGAUAUGCUGAGGGAGUGG